AUGCCUCACGGGAAUCACCGCAAUAAGUCUAAUCACUAUCGGUGGAGAAGUCAUGGAGAAAAUGAUCGACGUAUUGAUACUUCUGACGAAUAUUUACGACGACGCGAACAUGGAGGGAAGUUCAGUAGUGGUCGCAAGUCCAUAAUUUCUGGUAACAAUGUGGAUAUGUUAAAACGUGCUAUGAAUAUGAAUCUUAUCGGUGGAUCAGCAGCUUCUGUUGUCACUGCCCAAAAUAGUGGCUUGGCUCCCGGCGAAGUUUGGGUGAGAAUUACUAUUGUCCAUGGCGCUAAUCAUCCGAUGAUGGAUCUUCAACAGUUGGUCACCACCAUUGUUGGGACACAGCUACGGUUCUAUAAUACUUGCGUUGAAGGAAGAAAUGCACUAAUGCAUGCAAAAAUCAGACAAAAGGAUGUUCAAAGUUACCGCAAAUCACUCCAAAAUUUACGCGAUCCAAGUCAGGGUUCACAAUUAAUUACCGACAUAACAAUUGUCCCCGAGCCCAGAGUCCCUUCUUCGUCUGAUAAAAGAAAUGAAUCACCGAAUACCUCUCCUCUGCCAGAAACUUGGAUUGAAGCAUUAAAGCAGUGCUUUGUUCAGCGUUAUCAACCUACUACGCGUAGUUUAGAUCUCUCUUCUCUGCACACGGAUCCAGUUCUUUUAAGUCAGGGACUAUAUUUACCUCUUAACAAACAAGCGGUGGUUCAUACUUUGAUUACUAUCCUGAAACAAAACCAAGCACAGCUUGCUGUUCUCAAUCUAUCAAACAACCGACUAACUCAUUUGAAUGCUUUUUCUCCGUUAUCCUCAACGAGUGCUGGAUUUAUUCCAGUGUCCAUUGAACGUAUAGAUCUCAGCUCGAAUCCUCUAAGUAGCAUACCUGUCCUUUCUGGCCUUCGAGAUAUCGUUGGUUUGGUUGAAUUAGACCUUACAGAAACUCCUUUGAUGUCAAAAUUCAAUCCAAACGACAAAUCUUUUGCAGCUAAAUUGCAUACAAUCUUACCAACGAUCAAACGUUUAAAUGGACAAGAAUUACCGCAGACUGUACAGUUUGCAAUUGAGCAAGGUUCGGAUUCCUCUAAACGGCCUCCAACGAAACCGCUUCCACAGUCUAUUCUGGGAUUUUUCCCUAAUGAUGAAGUUAAAAUAGCUUUGCUGAGUUUUUUGAAAUUAUACCUUAGUCGCUAUGAUUCUAAGCCCCGAGGUGAAAGUUUACUGCCUUACUACACGACUGUUUCCCAACUGGUUUUUUCCGUGUCUCCUGAAAAUCGUUUUCCAAAUUCACAAAAUGUAUCAUUCACAGCACGCGUAGAGAUACAAAAUGGUUCUGAUCAACCGACUACGGCAUAUCUUACCACUUCACGAUUAAAUCAAGCUUACUUUUUACGAAGUCGUAAUCUUCUUCGCUGCCGGGACCAAAGUAGACGACGCGACAUGGUUGUUCGUGGUAGUUUGGCUAUCGCCCAUUUUUUAGAUGAGCUACCAACCACGGAACAUCAAUUAGAGUCUUUAUCUGUAGACGUCGCCUUUCAUUCCGGAACUCAAAUGUUGUUUACGAUGGGUGGUGUUUUUUACGAGGUUUCUUCUAUGGGUUCAAGUUCCACCAACUCAAGCUCACACGAAAAAUCUGUUCGCAAAGUCCUUCGGUGUUUUACUAGAACUAUGAUACUGAUCGCACCAGGUGGUCAUAUAGUGCAAGAUGAUUAUAUUGUGUCUAAUCCAACUACCUCUUUGUGUAAGAAAUACAUUACUGAAAUGGCUACAAGAUGCAAACAGGACAGUCAGGCCUCAAAUCAACAGCAAAAUGUUCUCAGCUCUGAUCUUUCUGCACCUGAAGUAAAAGAAAAUAUGGUAAUUGAAUUUAGUCGGCGCACCGGUAUGAACAUUCCCUUUUCAAGACAGUGUCUAGAAGAGUAUGAAUGGAAUGCUAAUGCUGCACUAACUGCUUUCGAAACUAUGAAUUCAGCUGGCAAAAUUCCACCUGAAGCGUUUUCUGUAUAA